UGGGAGGGUGUGCAGUCCUGUUCGUGCCAUCUGGACACUUUUUCUUCUACUGAGACUCAUCUGUGUGAAAUAUGAGUUGGCGAGGAAGAUCAACCUAUCGGCCUAGACCAAGACGCUAUGUGGAACCUCCUGAGGCGAUUGGGCCUAUGCUGCCCGAGCAGUUCAGUGAUGAAGAAUUGGAACCACCAAAACCUGAAGAAGGGGAACCAGCAACUGAAAGUCAGGUUUCUGUACCUGCUCAGGAGGGAGAGGAUGAGGGAGCAUCUGCAGGUCAAGGUGAAAGGCAGUCACAGCACUAAAAGAAGACACACUGAAAUGAUGCAGGCUGCUCCUAUGUUGGAAAUUUGUUCACUAAAAAUCUUUCAAUAAAGCUUUACAGCCUUUUGCAAAGAA